GUAGGUGUCGCCGAAUCUACCGUGUUAGACCCUGCUUGAUACGAGGACGUCACAUCGUAACAGAGCCGGAAUGUAAAUGGGGCUUGUGUCUAAUUACAGUAGCUUUGCCCUCGUCCUUUCUAGGGAUGCUCCCUUGAUCAUGUUAUUGUCUCAGUAUAAUUUCAACGAAACGACCCAUUCUUUUUUUCUUCAUAUUUACUUUUUCUCUUCACUAGACAUAAUUUAUUCCAUGGAUUUACUAUCUUGCUAGCAUAUGCCAACUCCACAAUGGUAAAGAGGUUCGAUGGCCUUGAGUUUUGGGAGCAACGAUGCAAGGCUCUCCAGCUAUCGCAAACGCCCGCUACAAAAUCACCUACCGAGAGCGAGCCAUCCCUGUCGUUCGAAAGCCCAGAAAUACCCAGCGCCGAGCCAGCAUCACCAGCUCUAUCACUAAUAAAAUGGCCGACGACUGCAAAACCACUCGGAAGCGUCGCUGAUUCCGAGCCCAUCUUCAUUCAGACUGUUUCUGCAGUCCACGACGUCCGCAGUUCCAUGUCCUUUUCACCCUCAUUGGACCAACAUAGCCAGUCUGCAUGCGUGUUACGGCCAAGCAGCUUCGAAGGAAAGGAGGAGUUCCUCACUGUUAUUAGCAGAGACGGAUCAGAUAUAAAACGAGACAGCAGUCUGGAUGACAGACGGUCACAAUUAGGUGGCACAAAUAUCACACAACUCAGACGAAGAUCACCACUGCGACUCCAAACAACCAACCUAUCUGGAAUGGCACAGCGCCAACAAAGGCAUUCAAUGAUGCCAAAUCUUCCGGCCUCAAGUAACAACAAUACACCGCUAGAUCACAGACACACAUUGAGUGCCUCUGCAGAUUGCAACAAGUGCAUCACCCGCCAAACAGACAAAGCAUUCGAGGCUCUCACCAACGCCCUAAACACCAAACGCCAAGACGAAACAAAACACCUAACAAUUAUCCGACCGACCAUAGACUGCCGCAUGCCUCCGCUCAAGUCGCCGAAACCGAUUCGACCAAAGAUGAUACGACAAAAGACCCAGCAAUGGGCGGAGACCCAGGAAGACCUUGAUAGCUCCACAGCGAGCUCUUUGUCAAGCCCGAUGAGUCCAAUGAUGCCAAUUCAGAUCUCAUUAGAUGGGAAGGACUUGGAUAAGUCUGAAAUACCCCCGAUGGGUUGUAAUCUGGAUCAUGACUUGGGCGACUUUUUGAAGUGGGAAGCACGGAAUGUAUGUGCUUAUGGAUAUGGGACAAAUGGGUAUACCCUUUCGCCAUAGUCUAUUGAAAAUGAUUUAAUGAUGGGAGGAUGAUAUACGGUUAAAUUGCUGGACAUCCUAUGACUAUAGUAUUCCCUAAUAAUACCCUCAUAAUUGACAAGAAUCAACUACUCAGAAGGAGGCGAGAUCAACUCAGGAUAAUCCUCAUCGUACUAGUGCAAAUCGCUUGGAGAGGUUCAAAUGACUA